CGGGAGGCGGUGCGUCGCCGAGCGCAGUCCGCGACGGCGGCGGAGUAGCCCGGAGCCGCAGACCGCGCGGGCCUGCGCCCAGCCCCGGUUGUCCUCGUCGCGACCCCUCCUCAGCCCUGGGCGCGCGCACGCUGGGGCCCAGCGGGGCUGGCCGCCUAGCGAGCCGGCCCGUCGACUCCGGCCAGCGCAGCGACCCGGCGCCGCCCGGCCCAGGCGCACACGGAAGUGCUCUGCUCUGAAGAAGCUUUGGAAAGUAGAGAAGAAAAUCCAGUCUGCUUCUUGGGGAACAUUGGAAAGCUGAAUAAAUGCAGUAUCUAAAUAUAAAAGAGGACUGCAAUGCCAUGGCUUUCUGUGCUAAAAUGAGGAGCUCCAAGAAGACCGAGGUGAAGCUGGAGGCCCCUGAGCCAGGGGUGGAAGUGAUCUUCUAUCUGUCGGACAGGGAGCCCCUCCAGCUGGGCAGUGGAGAGUACACAGCAGAGGAGCUGUGCAUCAGGGCUGCACAGGCAUGCCGUAUCUCUCCUCUUUGUCACAACCUCUUUGCCUUGUAUGAUGAGAACACCAAGCUCUGGUAUGCUCCAAAUCACACCAUCACUGUUGAUGACAAGAUGUCCCUCCGGCUCCACUACCGGAUGAGGUUCUAUUUCACCAAUUGGCAUGGAACCAACGACAAUGAGCAGUCAGUGUGGCGUCAUUCUCCAAAGAAGCAGAAAAAUGGCUACGAGAAGAAAAAGGUUCCAGAUGCAACCCCUCUCCUUGAUGCCAGUUCACUGGAGUAUCUGUUUGCUCAGGGACAGUAUGAUUUGGUGAAAUGCCUGGCUCCCAUUCGAGACCCCAAGACCGAGCAGGAUGGGCAUGAUAUUGAGAACGAGUGUCUGGGGAUGGCUGUCCUGGCCAUCUCGCACUAUGCCAUGACGAAGAAGAUGCAGUUGCCAGAACUGCCCAAGGACAUCAGCUACAAGCGAUAUAUUCCAGAAACAUUGAACAAGUCCAUCAGACAGAGGAACCCUCUCACGAGGAUGCGGAUUAAUAAUGUUUUCAAGGAUUUCCUCAAGGAAUUUAACAACAAGACCAUUUGUGACAGCAGCGUGUCCACGCAUGACCUGAAGGUGAAAUACCUGGCUACCUUGGAAACUUUGACAAAACAUUACGGUGCUGAAAUAUUUGAGACCUCCAUGUUACGAAUUUCAUCAGAAAAUGAGAUGAAUUGGUUUUAUUCAAAUGACAGUGGAAAUGUUCAGUACUACGAAGUGAUGGUGACUGGGAAUCUUGGAAUCCAGUGGAGACAGAAACCAAAUGUUGUUUCUGUUGAAAAGGAAAAAAAUAAACUGAAGCGGAAGAAACUGGAAAGUAAACACAAGAAGGAUGAAGAGAAAAACAAGGUCCGGGAAGAGUGGAGCAGUUUCUCUUACUUCCCUGAAAUCACUCACAUUGUGAUAAAGGAGUCUCUGGUCAGCAUCAACAAGCAGGACAACAAGAAAAUGGAACUGAAGCUCUCUUCCCAUGAGGAGGCCUUGUCCUUUGUGUCCCUGGUAGACGGCUACUUCCGGCUCACCGCAGAUGCCCAUCAUUACCUCUGCACUGAUGUGGCCCCCCCGUUGAUCGUCCACAACAUACAGAAUGGCUGUCACGGUCCAAUCUGUACAGAAUACGCCAUCAAUAAAUUGCGGCAAGAAGGAAGCGAGGAGGGGAUGUACGUGCUGAGGUGGAGCUGCACGGACUUUGACAACAUCCUCAUGACCGUCACCUGCUUCGAGAAGUCUGAGGUGCAGGGUGCCCAGAAGCAGUUCAAGAACUUUCAGAUCGAGGUGCACAAGGGCCGCUACAGCCUGCAUGGUUCGGACCGCAGCUUCCCCAGCUUGGGAGACCUCAUGAGCCACCUCAAGAAACAGAUCCUGCGCACGGAUAAUAUCAGCUUCAUGCUGAAACGCUGCUGCCAGCCCAAGCCCCGAGAAAUCUCCAACCUGCUGGUGGCUACUAAGAAAGCCCAGGAGUGGCAGCCUGUCUACCCCAUGAGCCAGCUGAGUUUUGAUCGGAUUCUCAAGAAGGAUCUGGUGCAGGGCGAGCACCUUGGGAGAGGCACGAGAACACACAUCUACUCUGGGACCCUUAUGGAUUACAAGGAUGACGAAGGAACUUCUGAAGAGAAGAAGAUAAAAGUGAUCCUCAAAGUUUUAGACCCCAGCCACAGGGAUAUUUCUCUGGCUUUCUUCGAGGCAGCCAGCAUGAUGAGACAGGUCUCUCACAAACACAUCGUGUACCUCUACGGCGUCUGUGUCCGAGACGUGGAGAAUAUCAUGGUGGAAGAGUUUGUGGAAGGGGGGCCUCUGGAUCUCUUCAUGCACCGGAAAAGUGAUGUCCUUACCACACCAUGGAAAUUCAAAGUGGCCAAACAGCUCGCCAGUGCCCUGAGUUACUUGGAGGAUAAAGACCUGGUUCAUGGAAAUGUGUGCACUAAAAACCUCCUCCUGGCCCGUGAGGGCAUCGACAGUGAGUUUGGCCCAUUCAUCAAGCUCAGUGACCCUGGCAUCCCCAUCACGGUGCUGUCUAGACAAGAGUGCAUUGAACGAAUCCCAUGGAUUGCUCCCGAGUGUGUGGAGGACUCCAAGAAUCUGAGUGUGGCUGCUGACAAGUGGAGCUUUGGAACCACGCUCUGGGAAAUCUGCUACAAUGGCGAGAUCCCCUUGAAAGACAAGACUCUGAUUGAGAAAGAGAGAUUCUAUGAAAGCCGGUGCAGGCCGGUGACACCGUCGUGUAAGGAGCUGGCUGACCUCAUGACCCGCUGCAUGAACUACGACCCCAAUCAGAGGCCCUUCUUUCGAGCCAUCAUGAGAGACAUUAAUAAGCUUGAAGAGCAGAAUCCAGAUAUUGUUUCAGAAAAAAAGCCAGCAACUGAAGUGGACCCCACACAUUUUGAAAAGCGCUUCCUAAAGAGGAUCCGUGACUUGGGAGAGGGCCACUUUGGGAAGGUUGAGCUCUGCAGGUAUGACCCCGAAGGGGAUAAUACAGGGGAGCAGGUGGCUGUCAAAUCUCUGAAGCCUGAGAGUGGAGGUAACCACAUAGCUGAUCUGAAAAAGGAAAUUGAAAUCUUAAGGAACCUCUAUCAUGAGAACAUUGUGAAGUACAAAGGAAUCUGCACGGAAGACGGUGGAAAUGGUAUUAAGCUCAUCAUGGAAUUUCUGCCUUCGGGAAGCCUUAAGGAAUAUCUUCCAAAGAAUAAGAACAAAAUUAACCUCAAACAGCAGCUAAAAUAUGCCGUUCAGAUUUGUAAGGGGAUGGACUAUUUGGGUUCUCGGCAAUAUGUUCACCGGGACUUAGCAGCAAGAAAUGUCCUUGUUGAGAGUGAACACCAAGUGAAAAUUGGAGACUUUGGUUUAACCAAAGCAAUUGAAACCGAUAAGGAGUAUUACACCGUCAAGGAUGACCGGGACAGCCCUGUGUUUUGGUAUGCUCCAGAAUGUUUAAUGCAGUCUAAAUUUUAUAUUGCCUCUGAUGUCUGGUCUUUUGGAGUCACUCUGCAUGAGCUGCUGACUUACUGUGAUUCAGAUUCUAGUCCCAUGGCCUUGUUCCUGAAAAUGAUAGGCCCAACCCAUGGCCAGAUGACAGUCACAAGACUUGUGAAUACAUUAAAAGAAGGAAAACGCUUGCCGUGUCCACCUAACUGUCCAGAUGAGGUUUAUCACCUUAUGAGGAAAUGCUGGGAAUUCCAGCCAUCAAAUCGGACAAGCUUCCAGAGCCUUAUUGAAGGAUUUGAAGCACUUUUAAAAUAAGAAGCAUGAAUAACAUUUAAAUCCACAGAUUAUCAAGUCCUCCUCCCCCAACAAAUACCCAAGCCAUUUUUUAAAACUUUGUAAUGAAGAAGGAGGUUUGUGUUCUGUCCAAAAGUCACUUAACUCAUAUUUGAGUACCUAUACACGUGUAAGGCACACUGUGGUGCUUACUGCGUGUAAGGACUUCCUCUUUAAAUUUGGUACCAGUAACUUAGUGACACAUAAUGACAACCAAAAUAUUUGAAAGCACUUAAGCACUCCUCCUUGUGGAAAGAAUAUACCACCAUUUCGUCUGGCUAGUUCACCAUCACAACUGUAUACCAAAAAUGGGAUUUUUGAAAGCAAGUGGAGACAGAUGACCAAAAUAAUGUCUCAAGAUGGUUGCUUUUCCCUGCUGCCAGCUGAUCUGAAAUGUUUUUCUGGCACAUUAAUUAAUUAUAAAUAUUGAUGGACUUAGCCCUCAGAUUUCAAUAUCUAUACAGUUCUAGACAUGCAUUCUUAAAAUAUUAGAUACCAGGUAGUAUAUAUUGUUUCUGUACAAAAAUGAUUGAUAUUGUAUUCUCUCACCAGUAGGACUUAAACUUUGAGUUGUUUCUCCAGUGGCUUAGCUCCUGUUCCCUUGGGUGACAACUAGUACCCAUUUUUGAGAGAACUUGUUCUACACGGGGACAGCUGUGGAAUAGAUAAUUUGCUGCAUGUUAAUUCGAGAAAUAAGCCUGUGCCAAUGCUUUCCUAAGCAGUAUACCUUUAAUCAGAACUCAUUCCCAGAGUCUGGAUGCUAUUACACAUGCUUUUAAGAAACGUCAAUGUAUAUCCUUUUGUAACUACCACUUUGGGGCAAGCUAUUACAGCAUUGGUUUUGAAUGCUGUAUGCAACCAGUCAGAAUACCACAUACGCUGCACUGUUCUGAGAGUGUUUCCAUACUUAACCACCUUCCUACAAGGGUUGAUCCCUGUUUUUACCAUCAUCACCCUAUGGUGCAACACUUGAAAGAAAAGACCCGGACUAGAGGCUAUGGACUUCAAGAUCCACUAAAAAGAGUUUUCAGUUUGCUUGGAGGUAGUUGGGUAAUCAAAAAUGUUUAGUCACUGAUUCACUGUGACUUAAAGAUCAAUGUUCAUUGUAACAUAAAGACUCAUUAAGAUCUUUAUGACCAAGAGCCUGAAAAUCUUUUUGUUACGCUGUCUAAUACUUGUUUGAUGUUACUUUUCACCUGUUGAGCCCAAAAAAAUUCAGGAUUGAUUCAAUGGCAACAAUAAACUUGCCAGUUAAAUUUGUUCAGUAACCUACAUCACCAAGGUGUCUCUCUGUGUCAAACCUGUGGCCACUCUAUAUGCACUUUGUUUACUCUUUAUACAAAUAAAUAUACUAAAGACUUUA